AUGGAUGGAAACGUAAGUUGGGAUAAUUUACCAUCUGAGUUGCUGGAAGUCAUAGGGCAGAAGAUGGUAGGAUCAUGUGAGGAUUUUAUCAGAUUUUCGGCUGUAUCUAAAUCUUGGCAGUCAGUCGCGUUUAAAAUGAGGCAAGAUGGCUCCACAUUCCUGUUGUCACCCGAAUCUCCUCUCCUGGUUCUGGCUGAAGAUGAAGGUGAUGAUGAUGAUGAUGAAGAAAUGGAGGAUUUGGAGGAAAAAGAGUUUAUAUUCUCAGUUGGUACUGCUCGUGGAAUAUAUAGUCUUUCCACAGAAAAAAUAUAUACUCUUGAGUUGCCAGAGGCGGCUGGAAAAUCCAUACGGGGAACUAAUAAAGGGUGGCUUCUAACGCUUGGGAUCAAUUCAGAAACCAAGCUACUACAUCCAUUAUUAGGACAUCAGAUUUGGCUUCCCUAUUUGUCCAUAUGUAGUAAAGUGACCUUGUCUUCCAGAGUACUGCAGGAUCCUACAAUAAUGGUCAUACAUGGAGGAUCUUUGGGCUUUGCUAGGUUUGGAGACCAAGAGUGGAAGAAGGUGGAGAGUCCAUCCGUCGUCCCCUUUGUUGAUAUCACAUACCAUAAGGGGAAAUUUUAUGCUAUAAAUCAUGUUGGGGCAAUAUUUGCGUGUAAUAUCGAUGAUGGCUACACAAGUGGAGCUACAGGAGCACCAAUCACUUCUUGUCCAUUCAACCCUGUUGAUUUUGGUAGUAAGUACCUGGUGGACUCAGAAAAUGAUCUAUGGUUCCUUGCGAGGAUCCGUGGAGUUAAGUUUUUCAAACCGCCUCAUAACAUGAGAGUCAAGUAUCGAACAACUCAUUUCUCGGUUUGGAGGCUGGAACCUACUGUUUCAGAAGAUGGUCAUGAAACGAUCAGUACUUGGGUUCAAAAGCAUGACUUAGGCGGCAAGGCUUUCUUUGUAGGCCUCAAUGCGUCUGUAUCACUCUCAUCAUCAGGCUGGGUAAGACCGAAUUGCAUAUACUUUACUGAUGACAUAAGUAAUUUGUACUUCCUUGACGGAGGACAUGAUAUGGGGGUUUUUGAUGUGGAGAGGGGCACCAUUGAACAGCAUUUUCAGGGGAAAUCGAUACAUCCCUUCUCUCCUCCACUUUGGAUGGCUCGACAUUCCUGCUGUCACCUGAAUCUCCUCUCCUCCUUCUGGUUGAAGAAGUACUUCGGAUAUUUACGUUGCUGCGAUAUCUAUGUAGAUGAAGAUGGAUUAGAGGAGGACCCAAAUGACGAUAAAGACGUGAAAGAGAAGUACGAAGAUGAGGACGAGGAGAACGAGGCCGAGGAGGGCGAGGAAGAGGGAGAGGAGGAGGAUGAGGACAGGAGGAAGGUGAUGAUGAAUGAUGAUGAUUUUGAUCAGCUUAUACUAUCAGUUGGUAGUGCUCGUGGAUUAUACAUAUACCAUUGA